CUGGUGGGAUUGUCUGGCCUGAUGAUGACGAUGGUAAUAAUGAUGGUAAUGAUGGUACAACGUGUCUGUGGCACGUGGCAUUAAUGCGUCCUUGUGACAGAUGUUUGUGGUUGAUCGUGGAUUUCUUUGGCACUGCCGUUAAAACUCUGUGGACCUCCUCUCUCUCCUCCCUCUCUCCCUCUGUUCACUCCGCUGUAUUCCGCUCACUCCCUUCAGUCGCGGUUAACGGGCGUACAGUAGCCAGAGCAGCGUACGGCUUUGACGGCGGAGCGGCUCGGGAUCUCCCCGCCAUUUCCUCGUGUCGAGUCCUGGAAUGUCGAGUAGCGGCUCGGGCUCUUCCUCGCGGAAGGAGUUCGAUGUGAAGCAGAUCCUGAGGAUCCGAUGGAGGUGGUUCGGUCACCCCGCGGUGCCUCCGCCUCACUCCCCGCCGCUAGGAGACUACUUCGCCGGGAGGAGAACGGGCGGCAGCUCCGGAGACGGACCUUCAGUUAGCGGCUGUAGCAACUCGAAUUCAGCCGGUUUAAACCCCAGCGGAGGAGGUCAUAGUGGUCUGGUGGCCAGCGGCAGCGCCGGGUCUAACCUGUGUAACGGUAGCAGCAGAAAGUUUGCUGAUCCGGCGGGGAGUCGGGGCGGUCCGGGAGGAGCGGCAGCUGGAGCGACGGGGAGCUCCUGUCCCCGCUCCUUCAGCCAGCCGGAGUGUAGAAGUUCCUCCGCGGCGCUGUCGUGGGUCUCCCCGCCGCCUCACCGUCGCUCCCGCCCGUUGACGAGCAUGGACCCCACCGGGGAGGCCCCGGUGCCCCAACUGGCACCUGAGCCCUCCGCUCAUGCCGGGGCGGAGGAGGAGGAGGCGGCGGCGGCAGCGGCGGGCACCGAGGAGAACAACAACCAUCCGGAAACGGACUCCAGCUCAUGCAGGACGUCUAACAGCAGCGCCACGCUGUCGUCAUGCGUGUCGAUGGAGCCGUGUGCGUGUCCAGAGGAGUGUAUGUUCACAGCUCUGUCCCACGCUGAUGUCACCUUCCGCAAGAUGGAGGGUUACCUGAGGACCAGACAGCUGUGUGACGUCAUCCUGGUGGCUGGAGACAGACGGAUACCUGCACACAGACUGGUCCUUUCAUCAGUGUCGGAUUACUUUGCGGCCAUGUUCACCAGUGAUGUGCGGGAGGCCAAGCAGGACGAGGUGAAGAUGGAGGGAGUGGACCCUGAUUCGUUGUGGGUCCUGGUGCAAUAUGCAUACACAGGCCGCCUUGAGCUGAGGGAGGACACCAUUGAGUCUCUGCUGUCAGCCUCCUGCCUGCUGCAGUUGUCAUCCGUGGUCCAGGCCUGCUGUUCCUUCCUCAUGAAGCAGCUCCACCCCUCCAACUGUCUCGGCAUCCACUCCUAUGCCGACGCUCAGGGUUGCCACGACCUGCAGAGGGCCGCUCAUGCCUACACCAUGGAACACUUUCUGGAGGUAGUUGGAGGCCAGGAGUUCCUGUUACUCCCAGUGGAGGAGAUAGAAAGGCUGCUCACAUCGGAUGAUAUUAACGUGCCCGAUGAGGAAACCGUAGUAACCUCUUUGCUAACCUGGGUCAGCCAUGAUGCCCCAACUCGACAACGCCAUCUCCCCUUGCUGCUGGCUCAUAUCAGACUGCCGCUGCUGCAGCCACAGUUCCUGGCAGACUUAGAGACAAAUCCUCUCCUGCGGGACAGUGUCGAGUGUCAACGGCUCCUGAUGGAGGGGAUGAAGUAUCACCUUUUGCCCCAGCGCCGGCCCCUGCUUCAGAGCCCUCGCACCCGGCCCCGCAAAGCCACUGUGGGGGCCAUGUUCGCUGUGGGGGGAAUGGAUGCUACGAAAGGAGCCACGAGUAUCGAGCAGUACUGUCUGCGUCGGGACACAUGGCGGCAGGUUGCCACCAUGAGUGGGAGACUGCAGUUCGGUGUAGCUGUCCUCGACGGCCGUCUCUAUGUAGUCGGAGGCCGAGAUGGACUCAAGACCCUCAACACUGUGGAGUGUUACAACCCACACAGCAAAACCUGGAGCGUCAUGCCUCCAAUGUCCACACAUAGGCACGGCUUAGGUGUGGCCGUCCUAGAGGGGCCCAUGUAUGCAGUGGGAGGACAUGACGGCUGGAGCUACCUCAGUACAGUGGAAAGGUGGGACCCCCAAGCUCGCCAGUGGAGCUUUGUUGCUAGCAUGGCUACACCCCGAAGCAGUGGAGUCGCUGUUCUCAAUGGCAAACUGUAUGCAGUUGGAGGUCGUGACGGCUCGUCCUGCCUGCGCUCAGUGGAGUGUUGACCCCACACCAACAGGUGGAAUGGUUGUGCUCCGAUGGCUAAGAGGCGUGGAGGUGUGGGUGUGGCCACAUGGCACGGCUUCCUGUAUGCCAUCGGAGGUCAUGAUGCUCCGGCCUCGUCCCUGGCGUCUCGGUUAAGCGAUUGUGUGGAAAGGUAUGACCCUCAGACAGAUGUGUGGACAGCUGUGGCCAUGAGCAUCAGCAGAGAUGCUGUUGGUGUUUGUCUCCUUGGCGACCGACUGUACGCUGUGGGUGGAUACGACGGGCAGGUGUAUCUCAAUACUGUGGAAGCUUAUGAUCCUCAGACGAAUGAGUGGACACAGGUGGCACCUCUGUGUCUGGGCAGGGCAGGUGCAUGUGUGGUGGCCGUCAGACUGUGAAAACAAAAACAUUUAAUGGCAGACUGUGCUCGAUGUUGCUCAGAGAGCCUCCACUUUGUCACCACUGACACCGAAGGGACACCAACAGAUCCGUCUGCCUUCACCAGGAGAACCGUUUCCUGACCUCUUCAGGUUUUACUCUUCAGCCGUGUCACAUUUUUCUCCGUAAUCACUCAGAUUCUAGGCAGAGAUUGUUGUUAAGGUACAUGUCAGGUUGCUCUGAUUACUACUGCCACAGGAGCAAGCUGCCACCAAAACCCAAAGCCCAUGAUGAAGAGGAAUCUGCAGUGUUUAUCGGAGCACGACUUAACAGCUGUCUUUUUUUUCUUGCCUGUUAUUUUGUUCUUGUAGACAAGGUGGACGCACACACACACACACACACAUAUAUAGACCUACAUGGCUGCUUUCAGCUUCUAUUUCUGCUGACAUAAAGGUGAGAAAGACAGAUAGAGAUCGUCAAGGCAGCCUCAUCGUUUCAUGCUCUCGGUUUUCCUAACAAUAUUUGACGGCGUGUACUGAUGCUGUUUUAAUGUAUUCCUUAUUAUUUUUAUGCUGCAGUUGGCAAGUGCUCUUCUCCUCUGCUUUCCCACUGUUGCCCACUGACAGAUGAAAGGAAGACUUUGACAUAAUCAGCACAACCUCACGAGCAGCUAUUCUGUAAGGAACCAUGAGGCACUUUAUUAUUUUCAGUCAGAAACACAUCAAGCUCCAUCUAAUAUUUCAGCUGCGUGUGUCUUCCACGUUGCAUCAGCUCACAUCUGAGCCUUCUGUAUAUCAUGUUAUGCAAUUUAUUGCUUCUUUUCUUUACGCUGGAACGUUAUUCAGCUUCUUGCUCUUUUAUUUGUGUUUAGUUGUGUAGUUCAUCCUUUUUUCUUUUUAAAAAAACAUAACUGAGGUCCAUUAAGCAGUGUUAUUGGAUUUGCAGCAUGAGUAAUAAUGAUAAUAAUGAUUCUAAUAAUAAUCCUGAUUCCUGCAGGGGAAUUUUUCUCUCAAUUUCCUCCAGAGCACAAGGUCAGCUAUUUACAGGCUUAGUUGUGCACAGGGUCAGUCCAGCUUUUCUGUCUGCCAGAUAACUUAUUUUUCUUCUGUGUGCGUGUGUGUGCGUGCGUGUGUGUGUGUAUGUGUGUGUUCAGAGAUCGCGAGGAGUAUAUUUUUAUCUCAAAAGAGAAUCUCCCCUCCCUCCCCUUCCCCUCUCCACAUCUUCAAUUCCCUGCUGCUUUUUCUUCAUCCCCAUUUUCCCAUUUCAUCACUGCACAGGCAGAUGCACACACCACUUCAUUUCAGAUCAGCAUAGGAUACCUAGACAAAAAAAUGAACAACACAUCAUGUAAUGAGACCAUGAAUUUAAUAACGUUGAUGCAGCCGGUACCGCCGUUUUGUUUGAUGUGGAGUUCAAAGCAUUAUUAGAUUCGAUGCUGCUGUAGACAAAGCACCAGACAUGAGGGGAAGAUGAAAUCUGCGAGACUAACUCGUGUGUUCAUAUUUGUGGGCUUGUUUAAGUAAAUUUACAUGACAAGAAGCCUCAAGACGCACAUGUGCCGCAAUAACUUCAAGACGAACUCGUGCCACAGUAAUUUCAUGCUGCGUCCAUAAUUGUGUAUUUCCUGUCCGUUUGGAUCUGCUGCUCGUGUGCGUGCGUGCAUGUGUGUUUACUUCCAGCAUAAAGAAAGGAAACUCCUGACAGUAAGAAGCAAAGCAGGCGACCUGACAGAUCUAGAGCUAAUGUAGCCCCCAGGAUGCACUUUACAAAGUCACACGGAGACACACACACACAUAGAUUUGUACAAAGACACACUUAACCACACAGCUGAAAGCCAAGCGCCACAGGAGUCACUGAAGAUUGAAAAACCGCCGAAAAUUUUCCGGUAUGACAUCUAAGAAGCAAGCGAUGGGCAAGCUAUCAAUUCCCCACAGCUGAGCUGAUGUUUAUUCAAGCCUAAUGCACUGCUGCAUUAUUCUAUUUUCUUCUGCUUCAAACCUGCUGCUGUUUAUUUAGAGUAAUUCUCUUUAGAUUGCAGCAGAAGUGUCACCUCCACCUUGUAGAGUAGUUCCAUUUCAGUCAGAGGUUAAACAAAGACCGACAUUCCAAAUCAAACUAUAUAUUUAGUGUAUAUUAUGUACAUAAAUAAAUAUCAAAUCCAGUCUUAUUGCAGUAUGCUGUUUAUUCUAAUAUUCCAGCAAAGUAUACCAUGUGUUAUUGUGUGCUUCUUUUUGUAUCAUGAAUUCAGAAGAUGAAGGGGUGUAAUAAAGACGGUCGGAGAGAAAUGCCGCUGCUGCACAUCUCCCCUUUUUGUACCGAAUGUUACACCUCAUCUUUUACACAAUAAAUUAUGUAUGUACUGUAUACGCUGCUGUAAUAUGCCACCACUGGUCUUUUCUACAUUAAAGUCAACAUGUGAUUUAA